GUCGCGCGCCAAAGUCAAAGCCCGCGGCGCCCGCCGACAGCUCGUCCGCCCGACCCCGGCGCCGCGGCCAGGCUAGCGCGCCCCGGGGCCGCCGCGAGACCGGGAAUGGCCAGCCCGCCCAAGAGAAGCUGCCCGUCGCCCGCAGCCGGCUCGGAGGGGACCCGCAUCAAGAAAAUCUCUGUCGAAGGGAACAUCGCUGCAGGGAAGACAACAUUUGUAAAUAUCCUUAAACAAGUCUGUGAGGAUUGGGAAGUGGUUCCUGAACCUGUUGCCAGAUGGUGCAAUGUUCAAAGUACUCAAGAUGAAUUUGAGGAACUGACAACAUCUCAGAAAAAUGGUGGGAAUGUUCUUCAGAUGAUGUACGAGAAACCUGAACGGUGGUCUUUUACCUUCCAGUCAUAUGCCUGUCUCAGUCGAAUACGAGCUCAGCUUGCCUUUCUUGAUGGCAAGCUCAAAGAUGCAGAGAAACCAGUAUUAUUUUUUGAACGAUCUGUGUAUAGUGACAGGUAUAUUUUUGCAUCUAAUUUGUAUGAAUCUGACUGCAUGAAUGAAACAGAGUGGACUAUUUAUCAAGACUGGCAUGACUGGAUGAAUAACCAGUUUGGCCAACGCCUUGAAUUGGAUGGAAUCAUUUAUCUUCGAGCCACUCCAGAGAAAUGUUUAAAUAGAAUACAUCUACGGGGAAGAAGUGAAGAGCAAGGCAUUCCUCUUGAAUAUUUAGAGAAGCUUCACCAUAAACAUGAAAGCUGGCUCCUGCAUAGAACACUGAAAACCAACUUUGAUUAUUUACAAGAAGUGCCUAUCUUAACACUGGAUGUUAAUGAAGAUUUUAAAGACAAACAUGAAAGUCUGGUUGAAAAGGUCAAAGAAUUUUUGAGUACUUUGUGAUCUUGAUGAAGACUACAGGCAACCAAAUGGUUCCAGGUUCUUCAGCUUUGUGUGUCUUUGUAGUUCCAUAUUCAUACUGUCUCUUUAGAAAA